AUAGUUUUUGAAUUAAUCGGCCGAUUAAUCGGUUAUCGGAAUUUUUUUAUUUUUUUGCCAAAUAUCACAAUCGGUUGGGCCCUAAUAACCAUAACUCGAUUUUGCAACACAGAAUUAGUGGCUGAAAUAGGAACAGUGCUUCUUCUGCUGCGGGGAGUAAAUGUUAAAAGCCGACAAACAGGAAGUGAGCCACAGUUGCCUUUUGGAGUUACAAUGAAACAACUGACUCUGCUCAUUUUAUUCCUUCAAGUGGUACUGGUUAAAUCACUUGGGGAAGUCUCUGGCUACCUUGGGGAUUCCAUUACCCUGCGAUCAGGAGUCGACCCAUCAUGGAGUCUCUCCAAAAUUGAGUGGUCAAUCUUCUCUAACCACACUUGGAUUGCCACGUACCACAAAGGGAGGAAAAGCACUGAACGCGUCCCUCGAUAUAAAGGGAGACUCAGUCUAAACAUCUCUUCAGGUGACUUAACGAUAGAACGACUGACCAAAAAGGAUGCCAUGGAAUACACUGUGGACAUCUUCAACACCGAAGACGAAGAGUACUUUCUCCAGAUUAAGCUGAUCGUGAGAGAACGCCUCCAGAUACCAGUCAUACGAUCAGAAACCAGUUCACCUGUUCAAGGACAAUGUUUUACGGUGCUGGAUUGUUCUUCACCUGAGAAUGGCGUCCACUACUCCUGGCAUGUGGUACCAUCCACUGUGUACAUCACUGGCAGGAGCUCUCCACACCUUUUAGCAAUUUUCAAUACGACAGACAACCCUGUCAGCUUCACCUGUACCACCAGCAAUAACAUGGAUAACGCCUCGAGUGUUGUCACCUUAAAGUGUGAUGGUGACAAGCUUCAGCCUGUGACCCCAGAACCUGCACAGUUACAGGGCAGGGAGAGAUUCAUUACUCCUUUUUUAAUUGGCCUCCUGGUUGGUGCAAUCACAGUAACUAUAACUGUCUGUUUCAGAGUGCGCAUUGGAAAUGCAUUUCAGUGCCUGACAGAAAAAUUGUGCUCAUCAAAAAAAUAAUGAAUCCUAAAAGUUUCAAGGAGCCAGAAUGACAACGAACCAACAACACCACAAAUCACCAGAGACGUCUGCAGCAACAGGAGUGUGGUUUGUAUGGCAUGCUGUAUAUUUAUUUAUAAGGUGGAAGCAGCCACACAAGCAAGCAGAAGUGAAUGUAUUUUGAGAGGAUCUGCAGAGGAUGUUCAUUAUUUAUCUGAUGCAGAGCUGCUGGUAUUUUUCUGCACUUGUAUUUUUUGUGUGUGUUUUUUUGUUGUUAUUGUCACAACCUUUGCCCCCUUCAACUAUAACACAGAAAAAGCCCAGCAACCAUGGAAAGCUCCCACAAUACUGGCUAACAUUCCCUAAAAGUUCCAGUUGUGUUUUCAAGAAAAAUGUUCCUGUAAGACUAAAUGUUAACCUAACGUUUUGUCUGCAAUAUUGAGAGAGUGUUUUGAGGGUGUGGUCGGGGCCACAGAUUAUGUUGAACGAUAACAAAUUGAGACCUGAACCGAAACAAACAAAACAAGAAACUCCCACUAAUGUUCUUAGAAUGACUGAGCAUUGUUAGAAUGUUUUGUAGAAAAUGUUAUCUUACCUUGAAGAAGAAAAUCCAGGAAAAAAAGAAACUUCCAGCUGAAAACAUUCCUUUGCAGUAAUAUUCCAGGAAUAUGUUUUGAGAACAAAUUCUAGCUAAAAUGAACGUGGUGAUGGUUCUGCACAGAGCUAUCGUUUGUUGUUUAUUGUUGUUUUGUAAUGCUUGUCACGGUGAUAAACUUUGAGAGAAGGAUGCACACUGGCCACAACACACUAGUACCUCAAAUUCUACUCUAGCAAACCUGCUGAAUACAAUCCUUCUAGUUGUAUGCGUACAAAAUAGCACUUGCUAAUUCGAUGGCAUCAUUUCUGGUUAUUUCAUUUUCUUUAGCAUGCGCAUUAACAACAUUAAAAUGUUAAUGAAAUAACUUGACAUUCAGACAGACAUUCCAAUUCCAUCACCUUUGUCUUUUUUCUUUUGUUAAUUUGUUGUUUGUUUCUAUGCAAUCUACUCCACGAUCAGAGGGCUGUAGUACGAAGCAAGGUCCAUAGAGAGAGAAGUAUAUUGAGCCUAAAGCCAGAGUUUUCUUUAACCGUCUCCAUCGCCAUGGUAACUGAUGCUACACAGCUCACCUGCAGGCUCUGUUCAGAGGAGCAGGCGAGAUUAAAUGCCUUUUGUUAAGCCAGGUUUUGUUAAACCAGUUUGUUUGUUAAGCUGAAGAAAUCCUGGAUAUGUCAAACUUGCUUCCUAGUACAGCCAUCAAGUGUCAAACAUGAGGCAGGAGAUUCCAAAGCACUUUAUUAUGGAUUUAUCUGAAUAUACCACAAUGGGCAGAAAGCAGAAGGGGGAUAUUUUCUGGAUUUUUUGAGGAACAUCUCUCAACCGAUCACUUCUACAGUAGUGACGCCUGAUAGAGGCUCCUUUAGAACUUCACUGUUGCAGUAUUUUGCUGAAGUUGGUCAAUUGCUAAGCUUCCAAAUGUGUAUUUUCAGUAUUGCAUUUUUUUAACAUGCGUUUUUAAUCCCUAAAUCACCACAAUAAGCAUGUGCUGCCUUAUUCUGUGUUGUCAACACAAUAAAUAAACUGGAUACUGUGUAAAGCUC